UUCUUACUAUUAACAAUUUUAAUACCCUGGAAAUUAUUUAUUAGCAGUAUUAAUUUCAUUAUCAUAAUUAAUUUCAUAUUUUUUGUGUUUCCAUUUCCCAGCUUCUCUCUCACACGAACAGAUCUGAUUUCCCUCCAAUUAAAUUUCUUCAUCUUUUUUUCACUUUUUUCAAACCCUAGAAAAUCAACAAAAAAAAAAAAAAUUAACAUGUUCAGAUUCGAACAAGAAAAGAUCAGGAAACGGAUUCUCACAAUUUGAUUUCCGUUUCAAUUUUCCCGGAAAAAAAUUAGUAAUAAUUCAAACACGUCUUUGUAAACCGCUGACAUGGCCGCCGACGCGCUUUCCGUUGUUCCGGCGUCCGUUCUUCGGAAUCUCUCCGAUAAGCUUUACGAGAAGCGCAAAAAUGCAGCUCUUGAGGUUGAAGGUAUAGUGAAGCAAUUAACGGGAGCUGGAGAUCAUGAUAAGAUAUCUGCGGUCAUUAAUUUGUUAGCUAAUGAGUUUACUUACUCUCCUCAAGCUAAUCAUCGUAAGGGUGGAUUGAUAGGAUUAGCAGCUGCUACUGUAGGGUUGACUUCAGAAGCAGCUCAACAUCUUGAGCAAAUUGUUCCACCUGUGCUCAAUUCUUUCUCUGACCAAGAUAGCAGAGUUCGUUAUUAUGCUUGUGAAGCUCUGUAUAAUAUUGCAAAGGUGGUGAGAGGAGAUUUUAUUGUAUUCUUUAACCAAAUUUUUGAUGCUUUGUGUAAGCUUUCGGCAGAUUCAGAUGCCAAUGUACAAAGUGCAGCUCAUCUUUUGGAUCGGCUUGUAAAGCAGGACAUUGUAACUGAAAGUGAUCAAUUCAGCAUCGAAGAAUUUAUACCCUUGCUAAGAGAACGUAUGAAUGUCUUAAAUCCAUAUGUCCGCCAAUUCCUGGUUGGGUGGAUCACUGUGUUGGAUAGUGUACCGGAUAUAGAUAUGCUGGGGUUUCUUCCUGAUUUUCUCGAUGGUUUGUUUAAUAUGUUGAGUGAUUCCAGUCAUGAAAUAAGACAACAAGCUGAUUCUGCUCUCUCAGAGUUUCUCCAAGAGAUAAAAAAUUCCCCAUCUGUAGAUUAUGGUCGAAUGGCUGAGAUUUUGGUGCAAAGGGCAGCCUCUCCAGAUGAAUUUACUCGGUUAACAGCUAUUACAUGGAUAAAUGAGUUUGUAAAACUUGGUGGGGAUCAACUUGUUCCUUACUAUGCUGAUAUCCUAGGAGCCAUUCUUCCUUGUAUAUCUGACAAAGAAGAGAAAAUUAGAGUGGUUGCUCGUGAAACUAAUGAAGAGCUUCGGGCAAUCAAGGCUGACCCCGCUGAAGGUUUUGAUGUUGGAGCUAUACUUUCCAUUGCAAGGAGGCAAUUAUCUAGUGAGUGGGAGGCUACUCGCAUUGAAGCAUUGCAUUGGAUAUCAACCCUUCUAAACAGGCAUCGUGCUGAGGUCUUAUGCUUUUUGAACGACAUAUUUGAAACCCUUCUGAAAGCGCUUUCAGAUCCUUCGGAUGAGGUGGUACUCCUUGUUCUUGAGGUUCAUGCAUGUAUAGCAAAAGAUCCGAUGCAUUUCCGUCAACUUGUUGUUUUCUUGGUGCAUAAUUUCCGUGUUGAUAUUUCUCUUUUGGAGAAACGUGGAGCUUUGAUAAUUCGAAGACUGUGUGUACUUUUAGAUGCUGAAAGGGUAUACAGGGAACUGUCUACAAUACUAGAGGGUGAAGCUGACCUGGAUUUUGCAUGUAUUAUGGUUCAGGCUUUGAAUUUGAUCUUACUUACAUCUUCCGAAUUAUCCGAGCUUCGAGAUCUUCUCAAACAAUCACUUGUGAAUUCUGCUGGCAAAGACUUGUUCGUUUCAUUGUAUGCUUCAUGGUGCCAUUCACCCAUGGCUAUUAUAAGCCUAUGCUUAUUAGCGCAAACGUAUCAGCAUGCAAGUGUGGUGAUUCAAUCACUGGUAGAGGAAGAUAUCAAUGUCAAAUUCUUGGUCCAGUUGGACAAAUUAAUCCGGUUGCUGGAAACUCCUAUCUUUGCUUACCUUAGAUUGCAGCUUCUGGAGCCAGGAAGAUAUACGUGGUUGCUAAAAGCGUUGAACGGUCUUCUCAUGUUACUUCCCCAGCAAAGUGCUGCUUUCAAGAUUUUACGGACCCGUUUAAAAACUGUUCCUUCAUAUUCUUUCAACGGUGAUCAAAUUAAGCGAACGCCUUCAGGGAACCCCUAUUCUCAAAUUCUUCAGCACAUGCCAAGUGGAUCACAUAUCUCUGAAGAUGGUGACGUAAAUCAAGAUGUUACAAAAUCCAGUUUGCAUAAUGGAAUCAACUUUUCUUCAAGGCUGCAACAGUUUGAGCAAAUGCAGCGGCAGCAUCGUGUGCAUACAAAGGCUCAGUUACUGGCACAGUCUCGCAACAAUUCUACUUUUUCAUCUAAGGAAAUACAAAGACCGGAAGAACCCGGACAACAAUCUUCUGGAUCCGACAUUAAUAGACCUCCGUCACGAUCAUCCAGGAGAGGCCCAGGGCAGUUGCAACUUUGAACACGUUUGAUGCUUCCGUCAUUUGUCUUGGACGCUAUUGUGUGUAGACUCAUCUCAGCAUACCGAGGGAACGUAUGAGAUCUGGUAUAACUUUGUAAAAUUGUAUAUCUUAGUUUGUUCUGUUAAAUCUGUGAAGGUUGGCAAUAGUAAAAAUCUGGGUUUUGAACUAAAGAUAAGCUUGGGCUUUCCCGAGCUAUUCUAUUUCCUUUGUAAACAGAGUACAUCCCCAUGUGGUUCUGUUAUUUUUUUCAUUGAAAACCAUAUGGGCAAAGAAGGAUCCGAUGUGCUAAAUAUUUUAGAGAAGACGCUGUUUGUUUCUGUGCCGUCCACAGCUGUUACGGUCAUCUUUUUAGAAUAAGGAUUCAGCUAAUUCAUGUACACAUUAUUUUUUAGUCAAGUCUAUGCUACUAUGCUGUUCAUUCA